AUGAUAGUCCCCCGGCACAAAUGCGGCGUUUGCUUGGCUGUGGUCAUUGCCAACGUGGCGAUAUGCAUGCUCGCGUUUCUCUACACCACGCAGCACUGGGAACUCGAAGGACUAGCCGUCUCCAACAGUAAACACCGCCGACCCAAACCCCCCAACCUUACGCUCACGGCCAGCGUGCCCAAGCACUAUGUCCCCACGGUCGAAAACGGCCGCCGUCUCCUCGUCAUCGGCGACAUCCACGGCAUGAACACGGAGCUGGGGAACCUCCUCGACCUGGCCAAGUACGACGCGGCAACCGACCACGUCAUCACCCUAGGAGACAUGGUCAACAAGGGCCCGGACUCGCGGGGCGUCUUGUCGCGCCUCAUGUCCCUGAAUGCGAGCGCCGUGCGAGGCAACCACGAAGACCGUCUCCUGCAGGCGCUGCGGGAGCACGGCGCACAGGCGGCGUCCGCCACCGCACAAGAAGACGCCGUGCUCGCCGCCCGCAAACGCGACAAGAAGAUUCUCAAGGUCGCCAAGACCCUGCUCCCAGAGCAAAUCACCUGGCUCUCGGGCCUGCCCGUCAUUCUCAAAUCCCCAGCUCUGCGCCUGUACUUUGUCCACGGCGGCCUCGUGCCCGGCGUCAAGCUGGACAAGCAGGACCCCUGGGCCGUCAUGAACAUGCGCACGCUGAGGUACUCCCAAGACGACGAACUUAGGCGACGUGACGGCCAUUCUAGCGCGCAGGCCGAGCCCGAAGACGAAGACGAAUACGACGACGACGACGACGACGAGGGCAGCGAGGUGACGCCGGCGCAAAAAGUCGUUCCCAUACCCAUCGACGACCACUCCGGCCAGAGAUGGGACAAGGCGUGGAACAAGUACCAGCGGAAAUUUGUCAAGAAGAGCCACCGCCGGACCGUCAUGUACGGGCACGACGCGAAAAGGGGCUUCACCGAGGGCCGGUACACCGUUGGUCUGGACUCGGGGUGCGCCGCGGGCGGCCACUUGACGGGCCUGAUUGUCAGGGCCAGGGCCCGCGGCGGAAUUUCCUACGACAAGAUCCAGGUCCCCUGCAAAGCUGCUUGA